AUGGCUUCCAGCUCAACUGCUUUCUAUCUCAAAGACGCCGGGUUUCACAUUCGCAAUGUUCCAAAGGAAUGGAACGAUUGGAACUUGUUCCACAUUUUCCAAGUCUUUGGAAGAGUCGGAUAUUGCCGUGUUGCAGGACAAUCAAAUGAUAUGCAGCUUGGAUUUGUGAACAUGUUGUCUGCUGCGGACGCCGAAGAAGUUCGUAAGAAUUUGCACGAUGGAAAUCUGAUUGGAGAUAACUAUUCGCUUAAGGUCAGUGACCAUAAGAACAUCGGUGGAGCUCUUCUUCCAAUGGCUUCCAUUUCCGUUCAAAAGCUUCUUUCUUCGCCACCAGCAAAAUCUGGACCAGUUCAUCUGUCUUCUUCAUGGCUUCCUCUCAACAAAGAUAUCGAGGUUGAAGUUGUCGACUAUCUUCCAUCGUCGUCAGCAGCUAAGGAUGUUUUCGCUCUAACGAUUCUCCGUAUCAACGAUGCACAGUCAAAUGAGAAGUACAAUGCGAUGCAUGAAAAAAUGAAUUCGUAUGCACAACUAGUGGCUUUCGAUUCGGAGCUUCAGAUCGGUUACGAUGGUGUGUUCCGAGAGUCGCCACGCUCCAUCAAGCGAGUUCGUCGUAUUUCGGCAACAAAGCUGUAUCUCGUUGAUUUUGGAAAGAUCAUUAACUACGAGAAGAGCAAGUGCUUCCAGAUUCCUAAAGUUUUCCAAACUAUACCGACAAGAGUGUCAUUUUGCGGUCUCGAUGGUCUCACUUGGUCGGAACAAGCUAUCCCAUCUUUCGACAAUAUUCGUGAAGUCGUUCAGAAGUGGGGUGCGAUGGAAAACGCGACUCUUCACGCCGUGACUUGCGGUUUCGCCGGUGCUAUCAACAUGAUCAACCUAUUCUGCGGAAACUCUGUUCUUGCCGAACGUCUUCAACGAAAAGGAAUUUGCGAAUACCUGCCACGCCAUCAACAACCUCGUUUUGCAUACUCUCGUGAUUCUCUUCUCAAGCACACCAACGCUGGAGUGACUGCUCACAUUUCGAACGAUGCUGAUGUGGUGAAGGAUCUUUUGAAGAAGAUCGACGGAGUCAAGAGCAUGCUUCGUGAGCUCGAUCUCUAA